CUUCUGAUAUUUCGACAUAUAGUGUGUAACCGAUGGUUCCAGAAUUUGCCUUGUGACUCCAUCACAAAUAAACAAAAAUUAUUAACCCCAGGAUACAACCCUGGGCUAUGCUCACUAUGCUCACAGAGAGAAUUAAAAAACUCUCCCACUCACACAAUCCCAACCCUUUCCAACGGUACCACUCACCAGCCAGCAGUCUUUGAACAGCGGUUUGAGCGCCGGCAAAAGAUCUCAGCCGAAGCAGCAAUCCAGAGGCAUGGCCAGGGGGCGGUGGUACUCAAGAGAGCGAUAAAUGUCUAAAUACGAGCAAUUCGGAUUUGCUCGUAUUCAUAAGGGAAUUUUCAGGUCGAUCUCGGCAUGCUAGCACUCGCCAGUUCAAUUUCGCUACGAACGUACAGCGAGCAGUAAGUGCGCGCCGGAUUAACGUUCGAAAAGAUACUAUUACAGCAGUAAACUAAACGUCAAAAUUAGUGUUGUUAGUAGUGUUAAAAGUUAUAAAAAGUGUCUAGGGUAGUUGCACCGAGUAUAGUGCAACAAACAUAUACAAGCACAGAACAAAUUAAAAUCAAGCAGGAAAAAGGUAAAUACUUGCACAAAUAGUGUUUAUUAGUAAAAACAAGCUAAAACAGACUCCCUAAUACGACUAAAAUGCGGUUUUAAGAUAAAAGUGAGAACACGUUGUGGAAGACUAAUGGCCGUGGUAGGUCCACAAAGGGCCUUUUUCUUUUAUAUUAUUUGCCAGCUUUGUGGAAGGACGCCAUCUUUAUUCCUCCAAUAAGCCACAAAGGAGUAUCGGUGAUCCUUUCAUUCACCAAGGAAGCCAUCUUGUCGCUGAUUGGCAUACCAAGGAUCCUCGGAGACUGAGCGUCGGACGUCGAUUGAUCGCUGGACGUACUCCGGCAAAUCCGUGGACCAUAUAACGACUGACAAGUUACACCAUCGGUCGGGUUUGAGAAAGGUCACGAGGACUAGGACCCACUGACGUCAUCUGUUGUCCCGGUGGUCACCAGGCGUUGCCCGCCGUCCCGGAUUUCCACUCGAUCAGCUCCAUCGCUCUGACAGCUCGUCAGUCACCACCACGAUCCCAAGCCACAAUCCGACAGCCCGCAGUGUACCAACCAGAGUCAAAAACCGCAAGUAGUAGACAUAGAAUGUGACGUCACAAUAGCAUUAGAUAAUAAGCCAUGGCCAAUUCACAACCAAACAAUUGUAAAUAUUUGUAAUAUAAGAUGUGCACGUAAUUUCUGGUUGUUGUGUAAGUUCAUUCAGAAAGUUGAAACAUUCACUAUUAGUUUUGUUUGUGUAUCGUUCGGACUCGAAGGGAGUCUUCAUACCUCUCUCUCUUUGCGUUUCGUCCAAAAUUGCAUUGGCAGUGUGGCCUUUGAGUUAUGUUUCCCUUAAUGAGUUGCCAUUGAUUGCCACCAAACUACAGCAUAUCUGUGGAUAUGCUCUAAUGCGAGUUCCCGCUGGAAGUGGAGAGUUGAGUUUUGGUGAGUGUUGUUUACCGGUUUCCACUCAUUCCGACCCUGGAGAUCCCCCUUUUCCACUGAGCAUAGUCGAGGGGGCUACAAAUUGGCGCCCAACAUAAAAUCUAGAAUAACAAAUUUGGUGAAUCGGUUACAAAUAUCUCUUCGUUCCCGUGAGAGGAAGGAAGAAAACAGUUUAGACUGUUUUCAGAGCGUUGCGUUCUCUGAACGGCAAAUAAUUAGGUUCAUUUUUAUAAUUUGCAUGUUUCUUUUUUGAUAAUAUUCCAUCGGGACACCCCCGGUGUGAUCAUUGUUCAUUUAGUUUGUUUUGGUGCAUGUUUACUUUUGUUGUUGGGAUAGUAUUAUAACUUUUUUAUGUUUUUAGGUGCUUUGUUGGAAUUUUCGUGGAAGCAGAAGCUGUUCAGGAGGUAAAGAGUGAGCCCUAGAAUCACAGUGGCUUAUUUUAAACCGUCCUGGAGUCCGAUUAGUCACAAUCGCGACUGAGAAGGGUGAGUACAGGUGGAGAUAAGAGUGAGUCUGGAGAGGGCACAGACGUUGAUCUGGCCGUGAUUCGAGCACUCUUUACUACCUGAACACUGCUGCAACACGAAAAAUCCCAAGCCAUGGAUUCUGAAAUCCAAAUGAAAUAUAAGACGCUACUGGUUCAUCAUUUAGAGAAGGAGGAAGUUGAGUUUGAGCUAGAUGUACGAGCCGUUGCAUUUGAGAAGACUGAAUCUGUAGGAGUUUUAAGGAGGCGUUUGAGGGAAGCAUUGAAGGACAAAGGUGAACAGGUAAAAGUUGAUUUUUCGAAGUGCCAAAAUCGCACGGUCGAUGACGAGAUUAAAGUGAUCGACCACAACGUAGAAGAAAUAAGGGAUUUUCUAGAGAAGAAAAAGAGUUUCGAGGGUGUUAAGGACUCCUUGAGAACUCGCCUAGUGCAUUACUCCGUACGAUGCUCUGCCAUUCAGGAGACGGCGGAGGAGGAUGCGGAUUUAGAGGAUUUAGACAAGCUUUCGAGUACGAUUCGUCAACUGUACAAUACGUACUUCACGCUAUUCACACCUGUUGAAUCCAUUCGUAAAGAAAUUAUGCUUCAGAUUUCGAAUUCAUUAACACAGCUGCAGCUGGCCCAGCCAAGCACAUCUGGUAUGGUGAGGCAGGUUCAAAGUAGGUCUCAAGAAACUCAGACGGAAGACGAUUUAGGUUCACAGGAAGAUGUUAGGUCAAAGCAGUCCAACCUCAGAGGUGCAUUGGGUAGACGACAACUUAAGUCAAAUUUGGAGCCAACUAAGGAACUCUCUCCAACCUCUUGCUUCCCAGCAAUGCUUCAACAGCCUUCGGGGUCAGGAAUGAAUUCCCGUAGAUCGCUAGAAGAAACAGUUUUGAAUCGGAUCGAUUUGUCAGGGAAGAUUCGAAAUCCCACAGGCUUACGAAACUCUUCGGAGAUAGACACGGAUUCUUCCUCGUCGCCAUCUCCUCCAAGCAGACGGAAGUCCAGGCAGCGAAGGUCCUACACAAAGCGAAGUAGACCGGUAUCGGACUGGAAUUUACGUUACGAUGGGAGAGAUGGGGGACAGGGUCUGAUGCGUUUUAUCAAAGAAGUGGAGUUCUAUGCCAAAUCGGAGGACGUUUCCGAAAAGGAGCUUUUCCGUUCCGCAAUCCACUUGUUUGCGGGCGCAGCCAAAAUUUGGUUUAUGGCAGGAGUUGAAAAUGGGGAAUUCUCUACAUGGAAGGACUUAGUCACGGAAAUGAAAAGGGAGUUCCUGAGCCCCGAUCACGACCAUGUCAGUGAGUUCAGGGCUAUUGAGAGGAAACAGAGACCAAAAGAGAAAUUCCAGGAUUUCUUCUUUGAUAUGCAGAAGCUUUUUAACUCACUUACCAAGCCGAUUUCCGAGCGGAAGAAGUUCGAGAUAGUCUUCCGAAAUCUCAGAGCGGACUACAAAGGCUAUGUAGUUGCGGCUAAUAUAGAUAACCUGGCAGAUUUGAAACCUUUUGGUCGAAAACUGGAUGCCACGUUCUGGUACAAGUACGAAAACCGUAAUCAGGAAGAGAACUCUUCGAAAAGCCGGAAUCAGGUUAGUGAGCUGAAGUCGAACUCCAAACCGAAGCCGACUGGAUCGGUGAAUCGACCCGACAAAACUCGUUCGGAACAGAAACUGAAUAAAACAGAGGAUGAGAAAAUUACGCAAAAGCCCAUACGUCAGGAUCAACCGGGUGAACAAAGUCAAGCGCAGAACAGUAACGUGGUAGACAAAGGGAUGCAGGCGAUUCUGGAGAAAUACACUCCUCCGAAGCCUGGUGUUUGUUAUAACUGCCGGCUUUCUGGUCACCACCAAGCGGAUUGUGACCGCCCUAAACAUAAAUUUUGUUACAGGUGUGGUUUCUUCAAUUUUGACACGAAGGACUGCCCGUUCUGUGCAAAAAACGCUUAAAUUCCCGCCUGAAGGGG